AUGUUUCUAGAGUUGUCCUUCGUAUCGCCGAUCGAAGAUAAACGAGCGUCAAAGGUUUCCAAAAGCUGGGGAAAUAAUCAUGACGAUCGAAAGGAAUUGUCACUUGAUGAACUCAUUUCCGAUUUUCACAAAGGUGCUACGAAUGAAUCAAAACAAGAUUACGAUGCCUCAUCAUCAUCUGAUUUGAAGUAUUCAAAACCAAAACAAAGAUUAAAUAAUUCACGUGCACGGAUAGCUGAUUCUGUUAAAUACAAAUCCAAUCAAAGAACGGUGAAAAACACUCAGCAAUACGAUUUGAGCGAUGAUGACAGUAUUGUGCCUUCAAUGCCACGAAUUGAAAACGCGCUUCGGAAUAAACCGUCUCUUAUGGGUAGACGUCGUCGUGCUACGGCAAGACAGCGGCAAACGUUUCAGGAGAAGUCGCUAGUAUUGCCAUCACGCUCGCUCACUCCUCCAUCACUAUCUCUAGUCUUAUCGAAAUCGACCACAUUGUCUGAAUCGGAGAAAAGCCCCAAGCCAAUUUCUACAGAUUCAGUCGACUCUUUAAUCAGGAACGAGAUCAGCGACUUAAAUAAUUUGGUCAGUACUAGCAAUCAAAUCAGAGCACAAGACAAUGAUAAAUUGGAUAAAAGUACGCGUUUAAAUCGUCAAGCUUCCAGGUUUGGCAGUCUGAAAUACUUGCAAAUGCCAGAGAUGAGAUCAAGAGUAGAAGCACUUGAAUCGCCUCCACAGUCUCAACCUCCUGAGGAGUCAGGAGAUGAGACAGAGGAUUCAUUCGCAGCAGAAAUUCGACAGCUUCGAGCUAGCUGGCGAAGCAAGAUGAUACCUAAUAAAGAACCAGACAAAGGGAGAGAAAUUGAUGAAGACUAUCUCAAAACUUCUGAUGUUUGUGUAACCACAGCAUUGAAAGUUCGUAAUGCGUCAAAUACUAUUCAUGAAUUGCUCCAUGAAGCUUUACAGCCGUUUGAGAAUCGAUUUCAAGAAGAAUGCAUGGAAAGUAAAGAUGAAGACGUGAAUGUCGACAAUAAUUCUGAUAGCAUGGAGAUGCAAUCUACUACUCAGACGAUCGUGUCACAGCUUGAUGUUGCAUUUGCAGAGAUGGUCAAGCGCCAAAACGCCGAUCUAAUGGCUGAACAGACUGCUGCCGUCGCUGCAAAAGAAGCCGAAGCAAAAGAGAAAGAGGCUGCUGAGGAGAAGAAAAAGAAGGAAGAGAAAGAAGCUAGGGCUCGAGAAAUGGAGAUUCUCGAGUCAGUGCCCAUGCAUGGAAAGUUGCUCACUUGCUCAGCUGAUAUUGACAGAGUCUUGGAGCAACUCGAAAGCGUCGAUAUCUCGUUUCAAAAUGAAGGUGCUUUGAAUGCUGAGAUGAGGGCUUUACGAAUUUACACACACCAGAAGAUUCAAGAGAUUGAAGCACAAAUGUCGGUUGGUGAUGUAAAAGAUGGGGAUGCUUUGCCGCAAAGAGCAAAGUGGGUGUCUGAAACCGAGAGUAAGAUGAUGAAAGAAGAUCCUAAGAAUUUAACAGCUUUUGCCGCACGAGACGAAUCAGCAGGAAGAGACGACACCUAUCAAGAAAUUCUUCAGCGGCAAGUUAUCGAAAAUCUUAAUCUUUCGAUACUGAGACUCAGGCACGUACUUGAGAUUGAUGCGAAAGAAGCCGCUGAGUCAAAAGAAAGUCAAAAACGGGAGCACGAGGAACAAGAGAACAAGAAGCUACAACAACAGAUAGAAGACGAGGCGAAAAAACGUGAUUUGAGAGAUGCAGAGGUUGCAAGACAACGUGUGCUAGGGCUCUCAUCAAUUGACGAAGUUGAUGACUGGGUCAAUGAAGGACGACGUCUGGAAAGUGUAUUCAAUCAUGAUAAACCGCUAAACCGUUUACUAGCCUCAAUGGAAAAGCGUCUUGGGAUGGAGAAUGAAGGUGAAGAUGCCAUUUUUUCCAGCUUUCUGACGUCAAAUUGUGAUAACAUAUCAAAUCGAUCAUCUACUGUACUUAAAAGUCAGAAGCUACGAGAGAAUGCAGAUUUUGAAUGCACUAGUUUCAAACUUCAAAAAGUUGCACCAUUUCAACGACCGUUUAGGUUGGAAGAUACAAAUUCUGAUGUAAUAGGAAACAUGAUGGGAGACGACGGUGAAAGAGAUUUGACUAGGGUCAAGAAAAGUAGACGAAAAGAUGGGGAUCCGCAGUAUAAAGUGAAUCGAUUGAUCCAAGCGCUGCAGGCAGAGAGACGACAAAAGACUAAUCCAUCCGGUCUCGAAUCCAUAUCAGAGAAGGCUCCAACGCUAGUAUUAUAUCUUGUGGGGUUAGCAACUAAUUUUAAUGUCUAUAGUGUAAAGUGCACUACAAGGUGGUUUAUUACGAGUACAUUACGGGCAAUAUCCUCUCACAUAACCUUCGAGCAAUUUAAGAGGUUUGAAGCUUUGACGAUACACUUGGCGGCCACUAUUUUCAACUUUUUAAACGUGAUCGAGGAUAUGAAUGAAGCUUGA